AUGCCCGACGCUGCUGAUACGAAACCUAAAGUGGGUCACGAAAUGUCGGAAGCCGCGACUAACUUGCUAUUUUCUAUGCUCUGUGGUUUGCUUGUAUUGUGUGUGAUGUGUUUUGUCAAGUUCUGGCGUCAAGUUAACGUCAAGUACUGGCAAAAGGUGAGCGAUUUAUUACCAAGACCUGUACAACGUUUUAUCGGACGGGUACUUGCAAGUCUACUUCCAAAUAUCCCAUUUGUGGUAGACUAUAUUGGGGCGUAUUUUGGUGCAAAGUCCCAACAAAAGUUGCUUUUCGUGCCCGAUGCCGAUAACGAACCUAAAGUGGAUCACGAAAUAUCGGAGCCCGUGCUCUUUCGCUUUCUACUCAACGAAGAAACUUUGAAACAACUUGAUCAAGCUGAAAUACAUGAAAUGCUGAACGUUUUAAAAGACGUCGACAAAGGAUCGAAAAUCACCGAGUUCGAAACCCACCAAAGCAGCAUGGACUUGAGGAAAGAUUCAAAAGGAGCAUUUCACGUGUUCAUCGUCUUCAAAACGACAAGUGUAACAGAUGGAGACUAUUGGUGGUCAAUAGAAAAGGGCAUGGACUACAUCACUUUGCAACGAUCCCGCAACAAAGAAAACGUCAAGAACCAGUGCUAUGGAGAACCGCGACAUCAAGCGAAACCCAUUGUCGAAAAUUUGAUAGGAAAAGGUACGAUUCAAGAUCUUUUCGCUGUACUUUGGGCCCAACAGAUGAUUCCAGAAAAGUACAACGCCUUGAACUCAAACUGCCAGACCUUGGUCACUUUCGUCAGUCAACAAAUUACCGAGAUAGGAUACGAAUACAAGGGUUUUUUCGCGUACUCUCCUCCUCCUGAAAAUGGCCGGAACAAAAAAAUGUUGGAUUUAAUCAACAUCCUAAGGGGUCGAUCUGAUUGGCCCCCUUUAUUCACUCUAAUUCUAAUGGAGAAUAUCCACCUGGUUGGUAAAAUGAUCGACAGUGGCAAGUACAACAUCAAUGCCUUCUACAAUGGACUCACUCCGCUCCACUUUGCCAUUAUGUUUUCGAAAAACAAAAUGGUUCAACAUCUUCUAAAAGAUCCAACGAAUGCCGACCCAACGACGCGCGAUCCAUUCGGGAGGAGCGCCCUUUUAUUUGCGGCCAUGUUCACAAUGAAGAUGGAGAUCAUCGAUUCGCUUCUAGCUCAUCCCAAAGUCAAAGUUAACGAUGUAGACGAAGACGGACGAACGGCUCUCCAUUCUGCCGCUGGUGUAUCCAACGCCAUCGCUGUUCGAAAAUUAAUAGAAAAAGGAGCCAAUCCCAACAUUGUCGACAAAAACGGUACGUCUCCUCUUCAUUUGGCAGCUCAGCAAAGAGAUGAUUACGAGAUCAUCGAUUUGCUCCUGGCUCAUCCCAAAGUCAACGUUGACGAUGUCGACGGAGAAGGACACACGGCUCUCCAUUUCGCCAUUCACACGUCCAACGUCAUCGCUGUUCAAAAAUUUAUAGACAAAGGAGCCAACCCCAACAUUUUAGAUAAAGAAGGUCUGCUGUCCCCUCUUCAUGUGGCAGCCCAGCAAAGAGACGGUAAUCCUAUGAUUGAUCUACUGCUGGAAGCUCAAAAAGUCAAAGGCCUGGGCGAUGUCAACGAUCGAAAUAAACAAGGAAAAACUGCACUUCACUACGCCGCCGGCUCAUCCAAUGAAAUCACGGCCGAGCAUUUGAUCGAAUUGGGCGCUGAUCUCCAUUGCCGAGACAAUAAUGGCGAUCCUCCACUUCACGUGGCUGCAAUACACGCAAAGGACAUGAACAUCAUCGACUUAUUAUUAAAAAAUAUGAAACAAGGAGAUAUCGAACAGUACAGAAACGAUAAAGGACUUGUCUGUUACGCCAAGAUGAACUGCUACGGGCUAGACGAUCAAAUUGUGGCUCGGUUGGUGGAAAAGGGCAUAGAACCUUCGAACACCGAACCUACCGUGUGCUCACAGGAAAUUGAUAACAUUCUGAAAGAAGGAAAUUUCGACGUGAACUCCCGCGAUCAGAAUGAGGAAACUCUUCUUUUUUUCGCAAUACGCGCCAACAACGUGAAUGGGGUUAGAUUUUUGCUUGAAAGAGGAGCCGAUCCCACCGUACGCAACAUUGAGGGCAACACUCUAUUUCACACCGCAGCACUAUUUCUGACAGAUUCCGAUGUUCUCGGUCUCAUGCUGGUAGACGGAAAAAAGAUUGAGAUUGACAUAAGGAACAAAGAAGGAGACACUGCCCUUCACUACGCAAUUAUGCAAUCCAAUGUGCCUGUCGCUCGCUUCCUGUUAUCAAAUGGAGCCAGCCCCAAUGUGGCUGAUGAAAAUGGUUAUACUCCACUUCGUUGGGCGAUUGUUUUUGCUAAAGACAUGGAAAUGGUCAAAUUACUCCUCAAUCACGAAGGCACAAAUGUCAACUGUUUAGACAAGAAAGGAAACAAUGUGCUAGAUUACGCAAUGAACAUCGAGCACAGGUUCGGCGAAGAAAUUGUCAAUCUGUUGUUGGCAAAAGGUGCCGUGGAAAAUAAAGACAAACUCAAACGAACAGAAAACAACGAAUAUUUAAAAAAACAUAUGCGUGCUUACAGCAAUCGAAAGCCGCACAAAGUUGACAACUUUUUAAGCGACGAUACAAAAACAAUUGAGGACAAAAUCGAAAAAAUUUCAGAGGAAUCUCUGCUUAAAGCCAUCAAAGAUUCGAACGUAGAAAGAGUUCGUCUCCUGUUGAAAAAUGGAGCACACACCAGCGCACGAGGAGAAAUGGGAAAGAAUGCCCUUCAUUUGGCAUCGCUUACUGCAAAGACGACGGAUCUCAUCGACGCCCUUCUGGAAACGGAAAAAUUCGACAUCAGCGGAACCGACAACAGAGGAAACACACCUCUCCAUCACGCCAUACUUGGAUCCAACUGUGAGAUAAAUACUCGUCACCUGAUUGGAAAAGGAGCCGAUCCCACUAUUGCCAACAAGAAAGGCUUCACCCCACUUCACUAUGCGGCACGUUAUGCAAAAACAAUUGAAACAAUCCGUCUAAUCAUGGAAAAUAAACAAGUCGAUAUUAGUAGUCGUGACGUCAAUGGAUGGACACCUCUCCAUCACGCAAUAAAGGCCAAAAACUUGGCGAUUGCUCGAUGCUUGCUGCUGGAAAAAGGAGUCGAUCCCACCAUACGCAACAAUGAGGGCGACACUCCAUUUCAUUUGGCGGCGGAAUUUCUGACAGAUUCCAAUAUUCUCGGUCUCAUGCUGGGAAACGAAAAUCAGAUUGAUAUCGACGAAGGGAACAAUUGCAAAUCGACUGCCCUCCAUGUGGCAAUUGUGUGGUCCAAUAUGACUGCCGCUCGCUUCCUGUUAUCAAAGGGAGCCAACCCCAACGUCGCUGAUGAAAAUGGAGUCACUCCACUUCAUUUUGCGGCCUAUUUUUCUAAAGACAUGGACAUUGUCGAAUUACUCCUCAAUCACAAAGGCACAAAUGUCAACUGUUUAGACAACAAAGGAACCAAUGCGCUAGAUUACGCAAUGAAAAAUAUUCAUGGUAACGGUGAAAGAAUGGCUAAUCGAUUGAAAGAAAAAGGCCUCGACUCUCAAACUGGAAACUCACUUAAAGACGAAACAGAGUUUACAUUCCAGCAAGUUGUGAAAGCAGCUCUUGACAAGGCAAUCAUAGAUUCGGAGGUGGGGAUGACUCGUUUCCUGAUAGAAAAGGGAGCAGAUAUUAGCACUGUGACAUGGGGAGCAGAAGGAUGGAAUGCACUUCAUGCGGCAUCCAUUGAUGCAAAGACGACCGAAAUACUUGACGUCAUUCUGGAAACGGGCAAAUUCGACAUCAAUGGAGGUGACGUCAGUGGAAAGACCGCUGUCUAUUUAGCUAUAGUAGCCAAAAACAUGACUACUGCUCGCCACUUGCUGACAAAAGGAGCCGAUCCCACCAUAAGUGACGAGAAUGGUAUAAUUCCACUUCACUUGGCGGCCUGCCAUGCAACAACAACUGACAUAAUCAAACUGAUCCUGAAAAAUAACCUACUUGAUAUUAAUAGCCGUGACGUCAAUGGAUGGACACCUCUCCAUCAUGCAAUAGGGGCCAGCAACUUGAUUACUGCUCGCUACCUGCUGGAAAAGGGAGCCGAUCCCGCCACACGCGACUACGAAGGCUACACUCUAUUUCACACCGCAGCAAUAUUAAAUAAAGAUAAUGUUCUCGGUCUCAUGAUGGGAAACGAAAAAAAGCUCAAUCUUGACGUAAGGAACAAAGAAGGAGACACUGCCCUUCACUACGCAAUUAUGCAAUCCAACGUACCUGUCGCUCGCUUCCUGUUAUCAAAUGGAGCCAACCCCAAUGUGGCUGAUAACAGAGGGGCCACUCCACUUCAUUUGGCGGCCUUGUGUGCAAACGACAUGGAAAUGGUCAAAUUACUCCUCAAUUACAAAACCACAAAGGUCAACUGUUUAGACAACGAAGGAAACAAUGCGCUACAGUACGCAAUGACCAACAAGCACGGGCUCGGCGAAGCAAUUGCCAGUCUGUUGAGGUGA